AUGAAGCCUCCGAGCAGCAGCGGCCAGCGCCUUGCCAGCCCUAAGACCAUCAUGCGAAGCGAAGUCAUAUCGCUGAUGGAGGCUCAUAAGACAUCGCUCAACGAUACCAUCUGUAACUUGCAGCGCGCACUGAGCGAAGCAACGAGCAAGCUGAGUGAUGUGAUCGAAAGCCUCGAAUUCACGCAAAAGGAACUGGAGGAUUCAAAAAAGGAGAUAAGAAAGCUCUCUGAUGACAACGCCGCGCUUGAACAACAACUCCGCGGAUUAUCUGCCGAUACAGCAGAGGUGAAGCAAAGCCUCAUGAAAGCCACGGACCGCGCGGACUACAUGGAAGACCAGAGCAGAAGAAAUAAUCUUCGCAUAAGUGGAAUUCCAGAGGAGAGGAACGAGAACUGGCAGCAGUCGCACUGGAAGGUCUCACAGUUUCUCCGCAGACAUUUCAAUCUGACUCCUGACCUUGAACGAGCUCACCGAGUGGGGAAGCAGGACAAACCACGUGACAUUGUUGUCAAAUUCACGCGAUUCCAGGACCGCGAAUCCGUGCUUCAGGAUCGCCGCAGCAAGAUGGACGAACUGCGCGAGGCCAGGCGACAAGGGAAGGUGGCCUACUUUAACUAUAGGACACUUGUGGUAAGAGAACGUCGGGAUAAGGACCGCGCACGCGACCGUCCAGCUCGCGACGCCACGCAGCCUCAAGCCACACCGCCGUCUCCGCACACGCCACCGCCUCGUGUCGCCUCCAUAGCAGAGUAUCCUGUCCUGACGUCCUCCGCACUACAGCCUCCUGCUAGCUUUCCUCCGGCUGUUCCUCCGAACACGCCUGCAGUCGACUUAAACCUCACUCCGACUGACCAAACCACUUCUGCGUCUGCUGACGCCAGUCCUGCCCCAGCUUCCGGUGCCACCUCCCAGGCACCUCCCAGCCACGAGAUGCUACAGCCAGAGGUGACUGCCAACAGCAUCGCACCUGCCGCAGCCGACAUACAAGCAACAGCGGAAGCCAGACCCACACCCAGCAGUCCAAGCAAAGCAGUCCGUAUGAGGAAGCCCCCAUCAUACUACAAGGCUUAA